UAAAACCUUAACCACAGUGGUGGGUAAGCUCCGGCGAGGCGGCGAAGAGUCUCCGAGAGAGCGAGAGCUUUGGCUGAUCGUUAAUCUCGAGGAGGGACCAUGUUGAGCGGAGGCUCACGUGCCUUGCAGCAUUUGUCCGAUUACCAUCAUCAUCAUCACACAUCCAUCGGAUUAGGAUUAGGUUUUUGCGGGGCUAAGAUCGUGCAGCUCUCUUCACAUUUCCUCAGGCCUUCGAGAGGUCAGCUCAGCAAUAAAUUGCGUCACCGGAUGAUUUCUUCAUCUGGGUUUCAUUACAGAACUUCCGGCGAAACGCCUAUCCUUCACAACUGCUUCAGCCAGCGAAAAGAUGAUCCUGAGCUUCCAGCUGAUGAGUCAACCCCUGUUUCAGGAGGUAUUGUAGCUCUAGGGAAGUUUGAUGCCCUGCAUGUUGGCCAUCGAGAGCUGGCCAUUCAAGCUUCUAGAAUCGGAACUCCUUAUCUAUUAUCUUUUGUUGGAAUGGCCGAGGUCUUCGGUUGGGAGCCUAGGGCUCCUAUAGUAGCCAAAUGUGAUCGAAAACGAGUGCUUACCUCUUGGGACUCAUACUGUGGAAACAAAGCACCAGUAGAGUACGAGAUUGAAUUUGCCAGCGUGCGGCAUCUUACCCCACGACAGUUUGUGGAGAAGCUAUCAAAAGAGCUCAGAGUCUGCGGAGUUGUGGCAGGCGAAAAUUACAGAUUUGGAUAUAAAGCAUCUGGGGAUGCCUCUGAGCUAGUGAGAUUGUGCGAGGAGUAUGGUAUCGGUGCCUACAUCAUAACCUCUGUGAUGGACAAGAAGCAAGACUCAGAACAGAGAAACUCAGGGGACUCAAAAGAUAGAGGGCAAGUCUCCUCUACACGUGUACGCCAAGCUCUUGCAGCGGGAGAUAUGAGUUAUGUAUCAGAGCUCCUUGGCAGAGCACACCGGCUUAUCUUGCAAGUCAACAACACCGGAGAUAUGCAGAGUGAAAGAAGGAUCUCUUUGCCGAGAUCAUCAGUACUUAAUCUACCGCCUGGAAAUGGAGUUUACAAGGCAUGUUUGGUUCUAGCUGAUGAUGAGCCUUCAGUUCCGUGUAGUGUAGUUGUUGAUUCAUCAUAUAUACAUGUAGAAACAGAGGAGCUACUACUCUGUAAUUCAGAUUUGGCUCAAGAGUUCUUGAGUGUUGAGUUUGGUUGAUUCAAUCUUUGAUUAGUUCCUAUCAA